CCAUCCCUGUCCAUCCUCGCGCUCCUCUUCUCCUCGGCUUUGGCGCUUACCGCUGAAGACGCGGCAACCAUCGCCCGUCGCCAACUGCUCACCUUUGAGAGGCAUGCCGACUACGUCCACAUCGACAUAGACAUCACUAUCAAGAUCAGCAACCCUCGCCUCCGUACGACACACACGGCCUUGCAGGCGCUCAAGCAUGCGCUCUACUCGGACCCCAAGAACUUCACCAGGAAUUGGGUUGGGCCUGACUGCACCUACAAUGGUGUCCUCUGUGUUCCGGCGCCAAACGAUCCGUCUGCGAGCGUUGCGGCAUUGGUGGACAUGAAUGGGGUGGACGUCGAACGGCACCUGCCCAGGGAGAUUGGACUCAUGAUCGAUCUCGUCGUGCUCCACCUCAACUCCAACCGCUUCUGCGGCAUCAUCCCAGAGGAGGUCAAGAACAUGACCCAACUCAAUGAGUUCGACGCUAGCAACAACCGCUUUGUCGGUCCAUUCCCCGAUGUGGUGAUGCGCGUCCCAAAGCUCAGCGGCCUCGACAUUCGAUUCAAUGACUUUGAAGGGCCCAUCCCACCGGAGCUCUUCCUGAAACCUUAUGAUGCCAUCUUCCUCAAUAACAAUCGAUUCACCUCUGGCAUCCCGGACACUAUCAGCAAGUCCAAGGCUUCUGUGAUCGUGCUUGCUAACAACGAGCUCGGCGGGUGCAUUCCUCAGACCAUUGAUGAGGCCGCCGCCACACUCGACCAGUUCAUCUUCAUCAACAACAGCAUCACCGGUUGCCUACCGGUGGAGGCAGGGCUUAUCAGCACCACGACAGUUUUCGAUGUCAGUGGCAAUGCACUCACAGGGUCUAUCCCGAGGACAUUGUCCGGCCUGUUCAAGGUCGAGCAGCUUGAUCUGUCGCAUAACAAGUUUAUCGGGGAGGUGUCCAAAGAUGUGUGUGAGUUGUCGGCUUUGGCAAACAUGUAUGUUUCUUACAACUUCUUCACGAAGGAAGACACCAAGUGCGGCGUGGGCAUGGACAAGGCAUUCGAGGAUGAAGCAAACUACAUGGGACAAACAAGGUCCGCACAGAAAAGUGAAGAUGAGUGUGCGCCCGUUUUGAGCAAUCCGGUGGACUGCGCUAUGGUAGAGCGUUGCGGAUGGCCGAGUGGAGGCAAAACAUCCCCACCGCCGCCUCCAGUUUUCUCUCCGCCCCCUCCGAAAGCAUCCCCACCGCCGCCUCCAGUUUUCUCUCCGCCCCCACCAAAAGCAUCCCCACCUCCGCCUCUAGUUUUCUCUCCACCCCCCCGAAAUUUUUCUCCGCCACCACCGAAAGUGUCUCCACCUCCACCAAUGCAAUCACCACCGCCGCCAAUACUAUCUCCCCCGCCCCCGGUAGCAUCUUUGCCACCACUCAUCAUGCCACCAAUAAUGGGUGUACAAUACCAGUCACCACCACCACAAUUCGCUGGCUAUUGA